CAUAGUUGGCGUUUUACAAUGGCACCGUAUUCUGCUCGUAUUUUUAACCAAAAUACUUAAAUUUGAACACGCCAAUCGUGAUGGCGUCUUUACUAAAUAAAACGCCAAGUUCAUUGGCGUGUUUGACGUUAAAAACGCCAACCUGAUCGGCGUCUUUACUAAAAGACGCCAACACCAUUGGCGUCUUUGUUCAGAAGCAUAUAAUAGCAGCAGACAGUCGCGAAAAAUUAACCUCACAUACCCACUUCGCGAUUUUCUCUAGCAGCGGCCAAAUCCUUCGCAAAUUCGUCCGUGUCUUUGUGAUUUCGCCCUCCAUUCAUCAAUCGGUGCUAGUUUUCCCCAAAUUCGUCCAAUUUAUUCGGUGAUUUAUGGCAUCUUCUUCAACUUCGUCGGCUCUUAUGUGGUCCUGAGGACCCCUCCGUAUUAUAUCUGCAGAGACAACACGUCUCUAAUAACAUAUGGGCAGGAGUGCCAUCGGAAGACGUACGGUGUAGAAGAUACGAAGGAAUCAUAUGGGAUGUUCCCAUAAAUCCUCGUGUUUUGGCGGUUAUAGAUGAGAUGGGGUUCGGCGGGAUGUUGAGGUGUGGUCAACCGAAAGACAUUGACCACCAUCUUAUCACCGCUUUGAUUGAACGUUGGAGGCCAGAGACUCACACGUUUCACUUUCCAGUCGGUGAAGCGACUGUGAGCUUAGAGGACGUGGAGGUCUUAUGGGGCCUCAAAACUGACGGUGAGCCUCUGACGGGUUACAUCCCCACUAAGGAUGUCAACUAUUGGAAGGAUGUUUGUUUGGAUUUUCUUGGCUUUAUUCCAGAUGCAGUUGAUCUAAAAGAAUUGAACUGGAAGCAGACAAGCUUAUCAAAUCAACUGCGGAUUGAGUUGAGUGAUGACCACGAGCAAUACAUGUACAAUCAACGUGCUCGUGUGUAUUGUCUGCUGUUACUGGGUGGUCUACUGAUCCCGAACGCUACCGGUAAUAAAAUUCCCUUCUUCUACCUUCAGUUUUUCAUGGAUAUAGAACAAUGUGCUAGCUAUAGCUGGGGAGGUGCGACUCUUGCCUGCUUGUACCACAAUCUAUGUGAAGCUGCACUUGGUAAGAGGACCGAUGUCGGGGGAGCUCUUACAUUGUUACAGCUGUGGGCUUGGGAAAGAAUCCCAAUUAUUAGACCGCAGAUGCUGAACCCCGCGCCCGUAGACUACUUACCAUGUGCAGUCGCAUGGACUGGUCGGGCCUCUUAUGUAAAAGCACCGGGGCAUUGCAUUGAAACUUUCAGAGAUCAGUUCUCAACAAUGCAUGCCAAUCAGUUUAUUUGGAGGCCGUAUGAAUCGCGAAAUCUGCCGGAUGUUUGUGUUGCCGGUCGUCCUAUAUGGACGUCGAUGACAACACUAAUCUGCUGGAAUAUGGUUGAGCCACACAUGCCACAGCGGGUGUUGCGACAAUUUGGGAUUGUCCAACCUUAUAUCCCGAUUGUCGACCUCGACUUUUAGGCAUUAACUGGGCUC